CGGUCUCGGUCGGUGCUGUCCCGAGUCCAGCAACGUUCGACAACGCAGGUUUCCCCGUCCCCCCCCGCGCUGAUUUCACCGUCGUCAUCUCCGAUUCCCCUGCCUCCUCCUCCUCCUCCUCCUUCGCAGCUUUCGCUCCCGCCGAGUUGUCACCGCGUCGAGCGGCGAUCGGGGGACAUGGCGGAUUCGAUGUUUCUCGAAGACGGGCCUCGGGGCGCGACGCGGAGUCCCUUCUCGCGCUCCGCUUCCGUCAAGGACGUCAGCUACAGCUGUGGCUCUUGUGGAUACGAGCUAAACCUCAGCUCCUUAAAUCGGAACAUGUCAACAAUUGGAUCUAAAUACAGUAAGUCCAUAAAGAAGGGGAUCAUAUCAUUCCGUAAUGUUGAUGAGAGUAGAUUUACACUGGUUGAUGAGCUGCAGUGCAUACCUUACUUCUCAAAACGAUCAUGGGGUUUGUUUAGGCGGAGAACCAAACUUCUUUGCCGUAAGUGUGGCAACCGUAUUGGAAUUGCAUAUGAUCCAAUCACUUCAUCUGAUUCACUUGUAUCAGAUGGACUAGAAUCAUUUUCAUCCAGUGAAGUUCCUAGUCAACGUAAAUACGAUGUAAGAAUUCGUGCCUUACAGCCAUCAUCCUCUGAGGAAUCAUCGAUGUCCCCCUUUGUAUGAUAAAUACGAUUCCUGUUGGGUUGGAUCAAGUCAAGGCGACUGAAAAGUUCCCCUGAGAGUUUUUCCCUGUCUAAAGGUGGAAUGCUACUGUCAUGUUUGUAACUUUUGCAUUUGUAAUAAGGGAUUACAUGUAUAGAAUACGAAGAACACUGGAUGCUGGGAACUGUGAGGUAUUUGAAUGAUUAAGCUGUGUUUAAUUUUUACCCGUGAAUUUGGGAA